AAUGUUCAUCUUCAUCGAGCUAAACAUAUUCGAUCUGUCCGAUAGAGCACUUGCGAACAAAAGAAUGUCAAAGAAGCCCCAACCGCUAUUCCGCCGUCCGAACCCUCCGAGAGUGUAGAGAAACCUGUCGAGAAACCGACGGCCCCGGCCCCUGUCACAGCGCAGCCCGAUGAACAGACACCCCCUCCACAGCCGGCUGCUCCGGCAAAGGACUAGUGGCAAGAUGCUCUCAAACAGUUGCCCCCUGCGAAGCAGGAGAGCCUCAAGAGCAUGGGAUUUGACAAACUCUGUUCCGGGUCCGUCGAAUCCGAUAUUGAUGACCUUGUGAAUAUUGUCAACGACAAGCAGGAACAGUGUGAGAAGAAGUUCUGGCGGUUCUCGGUGGGCGAUAAUGAUAUCAUCCUGCGGAACUAUACAACGAAGAUUGUGGGUUUGGCUUCAGAAAGCCGGGGACAUCGCAAUCUAGCUUGCACCGCCGCAGGCCAGCAUGCCAUGGGCUGUUCUGAAAAAGGUCAUGCAAGUCGCUGUGAUCGAAGAUGAACAAAUGGCCGCGUUGCUUGGAACCACCGAGAAACUGGGUCGCAUCAUCAGUCGCGGUCAGAUUUAUGAGCAAGUUUAUCUGGUCAACGCGCCUGGCUCAACGGAGGAUAAACUAUCCGAAAGUCUUGAGAGUGCUCUGAUACGGAUCUAUAGCACCUCGCUGGACCUGCCAGCGGUCUCGGGCGAUCUUUCCAAGAACACCGCGCACCGUACACUUGAAGCACUGGUCAAUCCGGGUCAUCUUUCCAGUGGUCUUUCGGCUCUGGCCCAGCAGGAAGACGAGCUUCUACGCGAUGUCCAAGCAUGUGAAACCCGGCGCAGCGCUGCCGCGGAUGAUCGGAUGAUCGUAAUGUUAGAUGCACUAAACGCAUUCUGACUCGCGUGGACGAGAACGUGUGCGAACUAUCUUGGAAGAAAUGCACAACAACUCGCGACUUGAAUUAUUAGAAUGGAUAUCAUCCAUACAAUUUGGUGAG